GCGAGACUCCAUCUGAAAAAAAACAAAACAAAAAAAAGAAACGUCAGGCAAGCAAUGUCGUACAUUUACAUAAGAGACCGGCCCGGCCCGACGCCGCCGCUCCGACGUUCCUGCGGGUCCAGGAGUGGAUCCCGCGCCCCGCGCCCCAACCCCCGCAGCCCGCCCAGGUCCGGGGGGAAACGGAGUGCCGGGAACGCCUCCGCCCUCCCGCGCCCGUCGGCCCGGGGCUGACACCCGGUCUCGCCCGGAACCCGCCACGCGCGCCCCCAGCGGCAGCCCGGGCGACGGCCGCGCGGCGGGAGGCAGAAGGCGUCCGACCUCGAGCGCCAUCGAGGCGCGCGGUCCUCCGGGCCUCCCAGAGCGGCGCGGCGGCCGCUUCCGGGGGCGGGGCCGGAACCGGAGCCUGAGCGUCCGGCGCCCUGCGCUCCUCCUCGCGCUGUCCGGGCGGCUCUGGGUGAGUCGGCUCCGCCUGCGGGGCGGGGACCGGGAGGGAGGCGCGGCGUCCUCGGAGCCCGGCCCGGCAGAGGCGGAGCGGAGCUCGGCAGGGAGCGGACCCGCGGCCGGCACCGCCGCCUCCGCCCGCCUUGGGUCCCGCGCCCCGGUCCGUGCCGGCUGCGGUCUGCGGCGUGCGGCGGGGUCCCCAGACCCGCUUCGCCGGCCCGGACCGCUGCGCAGAGACGAGGCCGCGGGCGGGAGGCCUGGCGAGGCGGGGCUGCUCCGGGGAGCCGCGGGCCGUGCCGCGAGGCCUCCUCCCGCCGGCGGGCUCCUCCCGGUGACCUCCGUCCACGCCGCGCAGUGUCGCCGUCUCCGCGGGCCGGGGCGUGGAUCGUAGCGGAGGUGGGACGUUAGCGUAACGGGCAGAAGCGCAGCGCGGUGACUUCUGGGCUUGCCCAGCGCCACGCGCGGCGGAAACCAAGGAGAUGAGGUGGUGAGAGGGCGGCGUGGGCGGCCAGGGCGGCUCCGCGGAGGGCCGACUCGCCGAACCUGCGGCGCGGCCAGCCGGGUGCCCGGGCCCCCGAGGAAGCGCGGUUACUGCGCGUGGGGCGGAGGCGACGCCUCCUGGUCUUCCGGACCCCAGCCGCGUUCCUCGUGGUCCUCCGUCUGCACGAGCACCCUCCUCCCCGGACCUGUUCUCCCUCAGCACCCGAAGCAACAGCCUGUCACUGCGCGACGACCAGCGGCUUAAUCUGACUGUGAAGAUUCAUUUCCUCAUUCCAAAGACAGAACUAAAAGCAGGGUUUUUUGUUUUUGUUUUUUGUUUUUUGUUUUUUUACCUUCUAACCGGGGCAUGCACUCCCCAGACGUGAGCAAAGAAAGAACAACAAUGCAUGCACUGUCUCUAGCACCUGCUUCUCCACAAAGGGUACCCUGGAAUGGUGAUGGCACUUCCGAUGCCUGGACCCCAGGUGAGCACCCCCUCUGAGCCUGUCUGCCGCCCCAGGAGCCUGCUUCGCCCCAGCCUCAGCUUUUCAGCUCUGAGAACCUUCCAGGGAGCCUCACACCCACCCUCAUGACAAGAUGGAGUCUGCAAGCCAAGGACGGCCUCCUUCCUCUAUGGAGGCUGUUGUGUUCGAGGAUGUGGCUGUGUACUUCACGAGGAUAGAGUGGAGUUGCCUGGACCCCAACCAGCAGGUGCUCUACAGGGACGUGAUGCUGGAGAACUAUAGGAACUUGGCCUCUCUAGGCUUUCUUGUUGCCAAACCAGCACUGAUCUCCCUCCUGGAGCAAGGAGAGGAGCCAGGGGCCUUGAUUCUGCAGGUGGCUCAACAGAGAGGGGUCAAAACCAGCCUGUGCACAGAUUCCAGGAUGGAGCCCGGGAUCAUGGACUCUCCUCUGCAGAGAAAGCUUUCCAGGCAGGCAGGACGCUCGGGCACGGUGUGGGGGUGCCUGCCUGAGGAGGACCCCGCACCACCCCACCCGCGUAGUGGUCCUGAGGACGGGUCAGAGAAGCAAACCCCCAGCCCCGGGGCUCCGGAGCGCAGCGCCUCCCCAGGGGUUCUGCAGGAGGCCCUGGGCCGGCCCAUAGGGAGUACUGCUCCACGCUACAGGUGCGCGUGCGGCAAAGCGUUCAGAUACAACUCCCUGCUGCUCAGGCACCAGAUCAUCCACACUGGCGCCAAGCCCUUCCAGUGCACGGAGUGCGGGAAGGCCUUCAAGCAGAGCUCCAUCCUGCUGCGGCACCAGCUGAUCCACACCGAGGAGAAGCCGUUCCAGUGCAGCGAGUGCGGCAAGGCCUUCCGGCAGAGCACGCAGCUGGCUGCCCACCACCGCGUCCACACCCACGAGCGGCCUUAUGCGUGCAGCGAGUGCAGCAGGACCUUCAGCCGCAGCUCCCGGCUGCUGCAGCACCAGAAGUUCCACACCGGGGAGAAGGCCUUCGAGUGCGGCGAGUGCGGCGAGUGCGGCAAGGCCUUCUGCCGCAGGUUCACCCUCAGCGAGCAUGGCCGCAUCCACAGCGGGGAGCGGCCCUACCGGUGCCUGCGGUGCGGGCAGCGCUUCAUCCGGGGGUCCUCGCUUCUGAAGCACCACCGGCUGCACGCCGAGGAGGGCCCCCGGGACGGCGGCGCGGGGCAGGGCGCCCUGCUCGGAGCGGCACAGAGGCCGCAGGCGGGGGACCGGCCCCACGAGUGCCCGGUGUGCGGGAAGCCGUUCCGACACCGCUCCCUGCUGCUGCUGCACCUGCGUCUGCACACGGGCGAGAAGCCGUUCGCGUGCGCAGAGUGCAGCAAGGCCUUCGCUCGCAAGUCCAGCCUCACUCUGCACCAGAAAAUCCACACCAAGGAGAAGCCCUUCGCGUGCACCGAGUGCGGCAAGGCCUUCCGCAGGAGCUACACGCUGAGCGAGCACUACCGGCUCCACAGCGGCGAGAGGUCGUACCAGUGCCGCUCCUGCGGGAGGGCCUGCAGCCGCCUGUCCACCCUCAUCCAGCACCAGAAGGUGCACGGCCGCGAGUACCGCGAGGACAUGGAGGGCGGGCGGGCGCCGCGCCUGGCUUCCUGAUGACGGGGACCACAGUUCGAGGAUUCACACGGGAAGCCUGCACAAGCGGGCGCGGUCCCAGCGCGGAAAUUCGAAUCCCACGUCCUGAAGGUGCGGCAGAGUCUUGAGAAGGGGCCAGCUCUUACCCGGAGCGCUCGGCCUCUUGCUCCAGCUGGGCAGCAGGGAGGGAAGGGCAGCUAGUGGCCCGUGGUGUGGCCUCAGGAAUCAGCAUCAACCACUGUUUCCUGGGACCUUUGGGAAAUGUCCCCGAGCUGGCAGAAGUGAGGGAGGGGCAGCUAUGCUCAAUCCGCAAAGAGCAGAGCAAAGGGGACGCCAUAGACACACAUGCAGCCUGGCGCAGCCAGGCCUCAGCACCAGGCCCUGCGUGGUGGCGAGUUUCAGGUGGUGUCAAGCUGACUCAGGAUAGAAGAUGUCUUUGUUGGCUGCCAUGUCUCCUGCCUGUAAUCUCAUCACUUUGGGAGGCCCAGGCAGGAGGUUUGCU